CCACAAACACAUGGCAUCCCCGUCGCCAGCGUCCACUUUCGCUCCCACCACGUACGCCUACUAGAGUUCUUCACCCACUUUGCCUCACACGCCGCCUCCUCCCUCGGCAUCCCCAUCUCAAAAGUUGCCCGACUUCCCACUCAACGGACCUUGUGGACCGUUCCCCGCAGUCCAUUUGCGCACAAAAAGUCACAGGAGAAUUUUGACAGACGCGUCCAUAAACGGGCGAUCAAGGCGUGGGAUGCUGACCCGGAGGUGGUGGACAGAUGGCUGAUGUAUUUACGGAAGCACGCGUUGGGUGGAGUUGGUAUGAGGGUGACUAGAUGGGAGAGG